CUCUUUCUUAGCAUGGUGAUCGCAAGAGUCAAUGGCGACGGCGUACAUUUUUCUACGACUAAUCAAGGAUUAAGAGUGUUUGUUGUCUGCUGGGAGCCCAUGUCUGGUUGAUUAACCUGGCGUCUGGUUCUUUGUUGGGAUUGAGAUUCUGCCUGACCCUCCACGCAACCUGAGUGAUCUAAAGUGAAGACUGCGAAAAAACUGAAAAGACCUGAGGAAGCAACUUACUGUGUUUUUAUUACUGCACUGUCACUGUUUGUUGUGCAUCAAAGCUAAUCUAUUUCUCUUUCAGUACUCUCCCUCUCUACCACUCCAACACGCCGUUGCUCAGCAGGAAAUGAGACGAGAGUGGCUGUUGCGAGUUUCGCGCGCCAUAACGGCCGCCUAGAAUUGUCCUACUUUAUCCUACUUUAUCACACACCACAGAGGCAUCUUGCAUGUGUAUCACCAACCAUGGCGGACCAAAGUUCUCCUAAAAAUGACGGCUCUGAAUCGACAUUCAAAGUGCAACCCCCAACGGCACCACGUUCGAUGAGGCGCCAGAUUACACCACCGCCACUGAAGAGGUCGGAUAGUUAUAGGCCCUCUGAACACCAAGAACGCCGUGCACAGCAUGAUCUCUAUAGGCCUGCUCCACCCCGUCACAGUGAAUCCAAUCAUUCAGAAAGCCGACUCGUUGCAUCCGACUGCUAUAGACCCUCAGCACAGUACAAGAAUGACUAUACUCGUGACGAUGAGAAAGUCAAAUCAGUCACAAGAGGAGGAACAAUCGAGUCUAAAGACCGAUCUACAGACAACAAGCCCGACCCUGUGCCCGAAAGACAAAAGACCAUGGAUACCUCGCCACCAAGUGGAAGCUUCAAUCAGAGACCUAGCUUCACCGCACGAUUAGCCUCGAUGUUUCAUGUUUCAGAGCGGAAGCUCGGUGAACCAGCUCAAGAUCUAUCUGAUGCAUUUAAAAAGUACAUGAUUUCACAGCAACAGAGAAUGACCAAAGACAAUCGAGGCACCCUACCUGCUGUACGGGACGAUGCUGUCGGCUCCAAUGGUUGUGCCGAUGUUCAAUUUCAGGAAAGAAUGAAACUUGGCUUGGCGGACGAUAUGAACCUCGCGACUUCUUCACAACCUCCACUCUCUUCCAUUCAACCACGGUUUGGCGGACCACAGCCGCCUGCCAGUCCUCCUCUGACGCUUGAUUACAAUGAACAGGAAGAUGCCAUGUGUUCCGCCGAGGUGGAAAAAGAAGAUGCCAUUGGAGCGGCGGGGGAAGGCUCCUAUCUGAAGAGUCAUUUAGACUUACCUAGUAGGGGACCGUCACGAUCAUCCAAAGACGAAACUGCUUCAACAACCUCUACGACCACCUCUCGACACAAGACUACCUGCAGAAGCUGUGGCGCGCCUGGCAGCCAGGUUACACCCUUAGUGCCCUGCAGUCGUUGUAGAAGACGAUAUCACGAUCGCUGUGGCAUUCCGAAACCACAAGAGAGCAACUCUCUCGAAGAGUUCGUCUGCGGAAGAUGCCUACAAAAGGAACGGGAACCGAGAAGCAGAAACAGUCCCGAAAGAAAUAGCGAAGAUCGCAGCAUCGGCGUUGCCACGACAAAACCUAUCCCUCUGAAUGAUUAUCACGAUAUUGCAACUUCCGCUGUUGACAACGUUGCAGCAUCAACGAAUACGGCAGGGGCACAGACUGACCUGCAGUGCCAGAGCAGCAUCGCGACAAACAAUCAUACUGUCAAGGAACGCCCACCUCGGCAUACAUUAAGCACAGCUCAAGUCCAAUCAUGCAAGACAAACAGCCCUUUUGCGGCUAACGACACAGCACUACAAGGAACCCUCUACAAGGAUAUUACAUGUCCAAGAUGGCGCUUUGACGGUUGCGUCUUUGACGAAGCUCAUUGUGAGUUUGCUCAUAGAGAUACUGGCCGGCAUGCACCAUCGAAUGUAGGCCCUGCAAAAGAUUUUACGUGUCCAAAGUGGCUUAGCGGCACGUGUCCCAAGAGCGAGGCUGACUGUCCUCUGGCACACACAAACACCCUACUACAUGUGGGGCCUGACAAUAGAGCAUGCAGGAAGCAUAUAACAUGCUACUUCUGGAAAACAAACGGGUUUUGCAGGCAUGACGAAGAGCAAUGCCCUUAUGCGCACAGAGAUACCGGAAUUGUCGCCUGGCAGCCUUCUAAGGAUGGGUACACCAGAUCAGGAAAGCAUUCCCUGAAAGGAUACAUCUGUCCAAGAUGGGAGCGGAAAGAAGAGUGCAGAUGGAUGGGCCACAGCUGUCCGUAUGCUCAUGUUUCUUCUGGCACAUCAUGUCCCAGCAUUACAAAAGCGCGAAUCACCGGACAAGCUGACUUACAAGGAAGAGUUGAAGAGACGAACGCCGUACGCGACACUGAACAGUCGAAAACAACAAAGGGAUUUCCACGUGGCGAAGGAAGUCCUCAAGACCGUGUUUCUGAUCACCUCUCUGUUCCAUUCUGGGCGAUGCGUGCACGGCCUAGCGAGAUUACGAUCCUUCAUGCAGCUGUAUUAGCUCAGCAUUUCGCUCGCACACAUCAACACCAGCAGCGAAAACUCUUUGACCAAAACACAACACCACAGGCAGCAACUCCAGUCAAACAUAUGGCCAAGCGGAGCGUUUUUCUGAUCGAUCCGCGAAAGCGAAGAAUGCAGGCAGCACCAGGCGAGACCCCUUCAACGGUUGCUUUGGUUACUGAACAGAGUCUCCCACACCGUGAUCCAGAAGAUUCAACACUCUCCAACGGCGGCGUGGCACCUCCCAGUCCGACGAAUGCUGAUGUCAACCAGAAUGCUACGACCAGGAAGGUGUGUGAGUCAUGCCAGAAGUCUAUCAUUGGGACUGCCUCUCGCUGCCACAAGUGCAACGAAGGGCGACUAAAAGAACAGGCCGCUAGCAAAACUGGGAUUGAUGCUGUCGAUGGCCAAACGCCAUCUAGGUUAUCAAAUCUGGCCCAGGACAUAGACCCCUUGCGCAUUGUUGAGAGUGACCAAAGUGUUGUUCCAUAUCAUUCUGAGAUCCCGGAUGCUGUCCUUCAGCAAGCUCUUGCAGGCAAUAAAUUGAAGAGGUCCGCGCCAGAAGAAGUCCUCUUCGUUGCCAAGAAGAAGGUGAAGCUUUCGAACAUGUCCAUGCACGAAGUGGCAUUGUCUUUACGGCAAGAGAAGCAGAAAGGCGAGCUGGGAGCUGAUAGACUCGACGUGUCUUCUACUCUGUCCCGAGAGAGACGAAGUUCAUUAGAAGAGUUGACGAGACGAGCACUGAUCAACAACACAAAGCCAGUCCCCGCAACUCAAGAUGUACGCCAGCUGAAACACAGUGACCAAGCAGCAUCAGACGCACUUGCUUCUCACCAUGGUCAAGAGCUACUCUCGCGUGAGAAGACUUGUGGGACAAUGACUGCCGAUGGUAAUAAAGGAGAAGAUCGAGCUCAAUCCGCGAACCUCAUGGCGACAAACAGUGCAACUCAAGCACAAGCCCACCAGUCCAGAAAUGCUGAGGUCGGUGGCUCGAACAUUGGCGGCAUCCCUCUUAUCAACAUAGAGAAAUUUACGCAGGCAGAGCAUAAUGCAUUCGUACUCCAGUACGAGAUCUCGCGUGGAGAUUUUGACGCAAUUGCUCAACGUUUGCCAGGCCGGACACCGCAAGACUGUGUCGAGUACUAUGACAACACGAAGGAUCUGUUCGACUACAGCGCUCUUCUGAAAUUCAGCAAAGCAAUAUACGAGCCGGAAUGUGAAGCUGAACGGUUUUCGAGUGCAUUGAAGAAAGCCUCCUUGAUCAGAAAAUUUCAGGCACUCUGGGGCUCAGCAAGCAAGGGUGUGCAAUCGUCGCAAAAGAGCGCAACGACUUUCUCCACGGAGCGUCGGCGGCAGUCCAACGACGGCGGUGCUGGCAGAACGACUACCUCAACUGACGCACCAGAUCUGUUGAAAUCGAGAGAACGUCCCUCCCAGUCUUCUAAACCAUCAGGAACUUCUGCAUCUACGGCCAGGAAUUUUCCUGUGCCGCCUAGCGCAUCCCUUGGCCGUGCUUGUGCAUGCAGCAGAGGCCACAAGAGAUGCUUCCACAAUAAGGAAGGUGCGCUAGACCGCGAGAAAUGCUCGCGAUUUCUUGAAGAACAAAACUACAUAUUCCCAGGACGACAAAGAAUGUCCAUCCGUGAAUGGGAAAGUAUUACCGAAGCGGCCCGUGGACCAGCUGCAAACGACCAGCGUGCGGUUAGAUUCGAGAACGGGAUCCGUGAUCAUUUACCCGUAUCAACUGGUCUGGAAGGCCAAGGAGCUGGUGCUAUGCAGCUACUUACCUCAGUAGAUCUCCCGGGUGCUGGACCGAUGGAUCUCGAUCAGCCGCUCGAUCAGCCGCAGGACUACUUGUCCGUGGAUGAUGAUCCAGAUGAUGAUAUUCCACUCAUCCAAGCAAGGGGGUCGUGUCAACAACAUGGCAGAAGAUACCAAGAGCCAUCUUUAUCCACGGCUGAUGCGGAAGAUGAGCAUGAGGAUGUCGUGCAACUGGAGCGACUAAACUCAUCAGAUGCCAGCAAAGAGACCAAGUCACCGGAUACAGCGCCAACCUCUCCAUCAAUUACUCAUGAGAAGCAAAACGGUAUGAUCUCACCUGUGCAAUCGAACCGAGCUUUGGAAGAACAUGACUUCGACGGACCAAGUCGAGAGCUGACAUCAACGCAACAACGACGUUGGACCAAGGCUGAUGAGCAGAGAGCAAUCAGAAAUUUCAGAGAACGUGGUGUGUUGUUCGAGACAGAGUCAGAGUCUGACCAGGGAUUGGAUGACGAAGCAACGUACAUGACAUCUGAAGGACAAGGUAGAACAUUCCAGCGAUCACAAGUUUUGAGGAACGUCUACGGCAUCCACCCGCUACAUGUUGGGAACUACCUCGAUGAGGAUUAUGUGCAGCCUUUGUCAUGGCCGCAUCAGCAGCAAGCUCGGCCCUCCAAGAAACAGAUGAUUGGCAAGCUGCUCAAACAUCAAUGUCGAGAGCGCAGAAGAAAGUUUGGGAAUCCUCACAAAGAGACCGAUCGGCGCGUGGAGGACGUGAAGGUCCAAGCCGUGAUUCAGCGAGACCUUCGAGGGGGAGAUCCUCUCGCAGUACCUGACCUAGUGACAGAGAAGGUGACUAUGAGCUUCCGAGAGUUUAUCGGCAUGCCGGAGAAGCCUGUAAUCGUGCAAGGGAAGAGCAGGGACGAGCUGGCUUACUUUGAGGCAAGGAGUGAUCGGGCCAACGCCGUUGGGAUUUCGCGGGUCAGGAGAGUCAAGGACGACGACAAGUUUCCGUUUGUGUAUACUAGAAGACUUUGAGGUAGCUGCAAGGCUUUUGUGUCUGCAAAUUCUGAGAUAGCGAUGCUCACGAGAGCAAUCUAAUGACAUUUUAUGGGUGAGAUUUUCUUCAGAAAUGCUCUUCUUGUGCGCCUGGUCACUAAUCAUUCCUCCAACAAAGAACGCCGCCAACGCCAUGCCUUGUCGUACAUGCCAAGUGUGGAAGCACUCUCAAUCAUAUCAAUAGCCCAGUAUCAUUGAGCACUAUGAUUCC